ACGGAAGCACCGGUUCAGACAUGAUUAUAUAGCAGAGGGAGACACAGAAAUUGAGGAGUUGACAGAGAGCGAUGUGGAGCGAAAUGAAUGCUUCAGUAAACGGCGGGAAGAAACAGUGGAAGAAUUUCAGUGAGAUGUGAAGGUGGGAUUUGAGAAAGGAGAGGAGAUGAAAAUGCUGAGUGAUAGACCGGCCGGCCAAGGUGAAGAAGUCGCUGCCGGCGGUGAUGGUCGGACGGUUUUGGUAGGGGUGAAGUUGGAUGCAGAGAGCAGAGAGUUACUCACUUGGGCUCUCGUCAAAAUCGCUCAACCGGGUGAUCGUGUUAUUGCUCUUCAUGUACUCAGUGAAACAGACGUCAUUGAUCGAGAUGGGAAAUCAUGUCUUCUCUCGUUGGUGAAAGCGUUUGAUUCAGUACUCGCUGUGUAUGAAGGUUUCUGCAAUUUGAAACAGGUGGAUCUCAAACUUAAGAUCUGCAGAGGAUCUUCGGUUCGGAAAAUUAUAGUGCGGGAAGCGAAAGCUUAUGUGGCUAGUAAAAUCAUUGUAGGAACUGCAAUGAACCAUCGCAAACUUGGGUCUUCGGUUUCUGUUGCAAAGUAUUGUGCGAGGAAACUUUCCAAAGAUUGCUGUGUUGUUGCUGCAAAUAAUGGUAAAGUUGUGUUUCAGAGAGAAGCUUCUGCAGUACCCUCCAGUAGCUCCCGAGGAGGGGAGCAUGGCCAGCGUAAGAAUUUGUUCUCUGUGAUUCACCGUUCAUUGAGUAAGCAUCAUAAUAGCAGACUAAUAAAGAACGCACCAGCAGUGGCUGUGCCUAAUCAGGAAACUCGUCGGGGUUCUGAGUCGCAUUGUUUAGAGUCUUUACUGAGGCAGAAUUGUUCAGUUUGUAAGCAGGGCACCGAUUCGCAGGAUACCAAUUAUUCCCAACGCACAGAAGAUUCUAAUGGUGAUGAGAAUGAAGACAAUUCUUUGGCUUUGGCUUUGGCUUUGGUACCAGUACAGACUCUAGAAGGAUCCUCAGGUUCAAUCUCGCUUUUGAUCCCCGAAAGGCCGGAGUUGAGACCUGGUUGGCCGCUGCUUCGCCGGAUGUUUUGGCCGAAUGGGCAUUCAGAGGAGAGAUCUCCUGGAAAGCAGCUCUCUGUUGUCCAAUGGGCAAUGCGGCUACCUAGCAGGUUUUCAGUAGCAGUUUAUCCUGAUAGUAAUCAAAUAAACAGUAAUCAGCAGGGUGAAGCUUGUGAUUCUAAAUUGGAUGGAGAGAGCGGUGCAAUUGUUCCAGUAGGGAGAGAUGCGAUUUCUCCUCCUUCUUCACCCAACCAUGGGUCUAAGAACAUACCCAAAGAGUUGGAAGGUCUGCACGAGAAGUACUCAUCCACUUGUAGAUUAUUUGGGUACCAGGAACUUGUGUCGGCAACAUCUAACUUUAAGACUGAUAAUUUGGUUGGAAAAGGAGGUAGUAGCCAGGUUUACAGAGGGCAUCUUCCAGAUGGGAAAGAACUGGCCGUAAAAAUUUUGAAGCCAUCAGAAGAUGUGUUGAAAGAAUUUGUGUUGGAAAUUGAGAUCAUCACAACCUUAAAUCACAAGAACAUAGUCUCCCUCUUUGGGUUCUGCUUUGAGGACAACAAUCUUCUAUUGGUUUAUGACUUCUUAUCCAGAGGAAGCCUUGAAGAGAACCUUUAUGGUAAUAGGAAGGACAAUUCGGCGUUCGGUUGGGGAGAGAGAUACAAGGUGGCUCUGGGUGUCGCUGAGGCUCUGGAAUACCUACACACUGGAAGUGCUCAAAAUGUGAUCCAUCGGGAUGUGAAAUCAUCGAAUAUCCUUCUCUCUGAUGAUUUUGAGCCACAGCUAUCAGAUUUUGGACUUGCUACAUGGGCUUCAACCUCCUCAUCUCAAAUAACAUGCACAGAUGUUGCAGGAACUUUUGGAUAUUUGGCUCCCGAGUACUUCAUGUAUGGUAAAGUAAAUGAAAAGAUUGAUGUCUAUGCCUUUGGUGUUGUAAUCCUUGAGCUUCUCUCAGGAAGGAAGCCCAUCUGCAGUGACUGUCCAAAGGGUCAAGAGAGCCUGGUUAUGUGGGCUAAGCCAAUUCUAGAUGGUGGAAAAAUCACCCAAUUGUUAGAUCCAAGCUUUGGGGAAAAUUAUGACCAUGAUCAGAUGGAGCAGAUGGUUUUAGCUGCUACCCUCUGUAUCAGACGCUCACCUCGAUCUAGGCCUCGAAUGAGCCUUGUCUUGAAGCUCCUCCAAGGCGAUCCCGAGGUAACCAAGUGGGCAAAGCUACAGGUUAAUGCUUCAGAGGAGUUUGAUGCACAGGAUGAGGAAGCAUUUCCUCACACUAAUAUCCAGUCCCAUCUUAAUGUUGCAUUGCUUGAUGUGGAUGAUGAUUCAUUGUCCGUAAGCAGCGUUGAGCAAAAUGUAUCAUUGGAGGAUUACUUACAAGGAAGAUGGAGCCGAUCAUCGAGCUUCGACUAACCAAGUUAUCAAAUUAAAGGACAAAGUCCAUGUUUGAUUCUUUCUGUACAUUCUUUUUCUCAGCUUUUCUUGUUACCCUUCUCUGUGUUCUUGUUUGCAAGUAGGUCUUGGAUGAGAGGUUGUUUGUUGUUGUACCCUCCUCCUUACCUUGUUAGCCAUUUCUCAAUCCCUAUCUGUUUGGGCUUUGGUUUUAUGAACCAUUAAUUGGUUCUAUACUUCUAUUUGAGUUUUCUUGCUCUAAAAGGUUUGUAACCAUUGCUUGUUAUGUGUUGCAUUUGAAGAAAUAAUAAGAGCAAGUUUGCCUCUGGAA